AAACUUCGAGCCACUGACAUCAAAAUAUCCAACCCUUUAUCCUCCAUACAUCCAUACACAUCAUACAUCCACCCUCAACAAAUCUAAAGUCAUCCAUAUAUCUGAAUCUAAUAUAUCAGACGACACUUAUUUGUCGUCCUGUCUGCUUAUUUGUGUAACAUAGCAGCGAUACCACUUGCAUUUUGUGUGAUAUUUAUUACUGUUUACAUUGCUUCCAUCCUCGGCCAAUCGCGCACGAACCAAAGGGGAAAAUAAGUCAACAUGGCGCAACCGGUCGUCAUGCCCGUGAUCCCCUUGGGAAAGAACAACGUCCUCUUUCCCGGAUCGGUUAUACGAAUACCGGUACCAGCGAGUCGUUCCGAUAUACCCGCAUUGAUUUCGAGUAUGUACACACGUGCCUCCAAAGGAUCGAGACGAGUCGACCAGAUCCCCGUUGUUUGUGUGCCUUUAAUGUCGCCACUGCUCAAUCGCCGUGGCCAACCGUUGUUGGAGCUGAAUCCGGAUAAAUAUGACAAGCUCACGAGCGUGGAUAAGAAUAAUAUAAAGGCGGAGAAGCUGUAUGGCUAUGGAGUCUCCGGCAAGAUCAGUGCGAUCCAAGGUCAGAAUGGGGCUGAGUUCAACCUGCUCGUGCAAGGCACCUCGAGAGUUACUAUCGAGAAGGUAACCCAAGAGCGUCCCUUCUUCGAGGCAAGGGUGUUGCCCCAUGCCGAUCAAGUCAGUCCCCAGGACUUGCAGAGACCCGAUUAUCAAGAGCUUUUCGGUACUCUAAAGCGCCUAUCGAGGGAGCUAGUAUCUUAUCUCCGCGUGUCGGCGUUCCUACUAUCUAGCGGAAGUGGAGGUCUGAAUCCUCUUCUAUCACGAAGACUUGAGCAAUUCAUUGCCAGGAAGGCACCUGCCGAAGGGGGCUCGCUCGCUGACUUUAUGAUGAAUGUGAUCGAUGGCUCGCUCGAGGAAAAGCUCCAGGUCCUCGCUGCUGUCGACGUUUCGGAUCGUAUGCAGAGGGUGAUCGAGAUAUUAGAGCGUUCGGUGGACGAACUUAAGGGCAACAUCAAGGUUACCACCAUUACCAGUACGGGUGUCCCUGUCCAAGGGGAACCGGAAGACACGGAUAAAGUAAACGACAAGAAGCGAAUCACAAAAUCACCGCGUCCAGGACUCAAGCCAACUUCGCCUGGGUUCGCUUUCGGUGCCGGUUCGCCGUUCAGUUUGUUUGGCGGAGGUCCGGGCGAGCAGCAUGAUCCGGAUGAUCUGGCAGAUCUCGAGAAAAAGAUAGAAGAUGCUAAGCUCCCACCUGAAGCUGCUAAGGUAGCCGAGAGAGAAUUCAAGCGAUUGAAACAGAUGAUGCCAGCACAAGCCGAAUAUCAAGUUGUCAGGACGUAUCUCGAAACGUUAGCGGAGGUACCAUGGUCCAUCGUUACCGAUGACCCAAUCAGCGUUGGCACAUUAGAAACCGCCAGGAAGCAGCUUGAUGGUGACCAUUACGGUAUCCAAAAAGUGAAGAAGCGCUUGCUCUCUUACCUUACCAUCGUCAGGUUGAUGCAGUCGGCGAAUGAACAAGUGAACCAUCAAAUCAAACAAGCCGAACAGGAGACCGCCGAUCUGGAGUCCAGUAAAGGUGCUGCGAAGGAGGGCGCGACGCUUGACCCCGAAUUGGAAGAGAAGAUAAAGGCAAGCGGCCUUAAAGUCCAGAUGCUGAUGAAUAAGAAACGGGUCGAAAAGGCUCCUAUCUUGCUCUUAGUUGGCCCACCCGGUGUUGGCAAGACUAGUAUAGCUAGAUCGAUUGCCACAGCCCUUGGGCGCAAGUUUCAUCGCAUUUCACUCGGAGGUGUUAGGGACGAAGCGGAAAUACGAGGCCACCGACGAACGUACGUUGCCGCGAUGCCUGGUCUGAUCGUGCAAGGUUUGAGGAAAGUUGGCGUGGCCAACCCAGUCUUCCUGUUAGACGAGAUAGAUAAACUGGGUAUGUCGAACCAUAACGGUGAUCCUUCGGCUGCAAUGCUCGAGGUUCUCGAUCCAGAGCAAAACCACGCAUUCCACGACCAUUAUAUCAACACUCCGAUCGAUCUAAGCAAAGUCCUGUUCAUUGCUACAGCGAACACUCUCGACACAAUUCCGGGUCCGCUACUGGAUCGUAUGGAAACCUUAGAGUUCUCCGGAUAUACUACGCUCGAGAAGAAGCAUAUCGCGUUACAACACCUUGUUCCUAAGCAGAUCAAGGUAAAUGGCCUUUCAGAAGAUCAAGUACGCUUUAGCGAGGAGGUAGUUUCAAAGAUCAUUGAGUCCUACACUCGCGAGUCAGGCGUCCGUAACCUCGAGCGAGAGAUUGGCUCUGUAUGCCGUGCAAAGGCUGUCGAGUUUGUGGAGGCCAACGAUCGUGGUCAUCCGGAGGCAUACAAGGCAGACAUUACAAUUGAGGAUCUCGAAGCUAUUCUAGGCAUCGAAAAGUUUGAAGAUGAGAUAGCGGAGAAAACCAGUCAACCAGGUAUAGUGACUGGUCUUGUUGCUUACAGCUCUGGUGGUAACGGGGGUAUUCUCUUCAUUGAGGUUCUUGACAUGCCUGGUGAUGGAAGUGUCGAGCUUACGGGUAAUCUUGGGGAUGUGCUGAAGGAAAGUGUCAAGGUUGCAAGAAGUUGGGUGCGCAACCAUGCCUACGAACUAGGGUUGACUCAGGAUCCUACGGAAAACAUCAUGAUGAAACGCAGUCUACACGUACAUUGCCCUUCCGGUGCCGUGCCGAAGGAUGGUCCGUCAAGUGGUAUGGCUCAGGCAAUUGCUCUCAUAUCACUCCUUUCCGGGCGACCUGUGCCUCCAACUAUGGCCAUGACUGGUGAAUUCCAACUUUCCGGUCACGUGAAGAGGGUAGGUGGAAUCAAGGAGAAGCUCAUCGGAGCAUACCGUGCUGGAGUGAAGACGGUCCUCUUGCCGGCGCAAAACGAGAAAGACGCUAGAGAGGUUCCCUCAGAAGUGAGGGAUGGGCUGAACAUCGUCUACGUUAGUCAUAUUUGGGAGGCUAUUCGCCAUAUCUGGCCUGAGGUGCAGUGGCCGCAGGAGAGCAAUUUCCCGCCGAUGCAGUCUCGCUUAUAGUCAUUUAUCUUCCUGGAUCUUUUUGUUUGUCUAGCAUGUAUGUCAUGGUACGGCGUUGGAUACCAUCAUCUUAAUGGGGAUCAUCCCAUCUCAGGGGGAGGCAGCAAAUAUUCCAAAAAUCUAGAUGUGGCUAAUAGAUGUAUCAUCUGCAAAGUUGCAAAGUUCCACGACGUUAGCGCAAUCAUCCUUUCAUUAAGAGCAGAUUGUGCCUCAACGUGGGUUA